AUGGAUGUUUUUCCUGAAGAAGUUCCUGGUUUACCUCCUCCGCGAGAAGUGGAGUUCUCCAUUGAUCUGGUCUCAAGAGUAGGGCCAAUAUCUAUAGCCCCUUAUCGGAUGGCUCCAGCUGAGUUGGCCGAGUUGAAGAAGCAGAUUGAAGAGCUACCGUUCUUAGACAGGUUCGUUGUUGUCUUUAUAGAUGACAUACUUGUCUAUUCUAAGAUUCGGGAAGAGCAUGAAGAUCACCUUAGGGCAGUGCUUGGAGUACUGAGAGAGAGAAAAUUGUAUGCCAAGCUAUCUAAGUGUGAGUUUUGGAUGGAAGAAGUUCCUUUUCUUGGGUACGUGAUUUCAGUCGGAGGAAUUUUUAUUGAUCCCGCUAAGGCGCAAGCAGUACUCCAGUGGGAGAAACCUAAGACUGUGACUGAAGUCAGGAGUUUUGUAGGUUUGGUGGGCUAUUAUCGUCAUUUUAUUGAGAGUUUUGCUCGGAUUGUGGCGCCGUUGACGCAACUGACUAGGAAGGAUCAACCUUUUGUUUGGACAGACCGUUGUGAGACUAGCUUCCAAGAGCUAAAUAAAAGGUUGACUAGUGCACCAGUUUUGGUUAUGCCUGACACAGGGAAAAGAAGGUUUCUGAUUGGGGGACAAGGUCGUGAUGUUGGAAUGAAGGGGAGCAGAAACCGUUUUACAGAGUACGCGGAUGAUGGCAAAGACGUUUUGGGAUGGCAGAGACGUUUUGGGAUGUACGAGAUCGGUACAAGGGGAUUUGGAUACGGGGCACAGAGAAAGGAUCAAAAACACAUGGAGAGAGAGCAGAGGGAGGGGAUCAUUAUUCUGGUUUUGGAGAGAAAGGAGAGGAGACAUUGGCACCUGCAAAGAAAAACAGGAGGCAUUAUUCACAAAAAAGAGAGGGGAGAAGUCAGCUACUCAGGGGAGAGACUCAUCGGAGACACAAGGUUGGCAAUAGCAAACGAAGCUUCAAAAGUUGAAUACAUUCAUGGUGUUGUGGAUAUUUGUAAAUACCCUUAUACACAUCAACAUCCAUCUCUUCAUCCUUACGCCUCACGGCCAGCUAACGUGGUGGCAGAUGCAUUGAGUAGGAAGUCAGUGCAUGUUUCCGCAUUGAUGGUGAGAGAGUUAGAGCUGGUGGAAAGCUUCAGAGAUUUGAGAUUACGGGUGGACUUUGAAGCUGACAGCAUUAGAUGCAGUAAAUUGGUGGUGUCUAGUAGUUUGUUAAAGCGUGUUAAAGAAGGGCAAUUAUUAGACACCGAGCUUCAGAAGUCAAUAGCUUUCAUUGGAAAGUUGUGGAAACAUCAUCUGGAGCAUUGCGAUAUGGCGUGA